GUUGCGUGGAGAUCCGUCGUGGUCGCGGUCGUCGAAAGACUCGACGCUGGGCAGAGGGACAACCCACGCAUGUCAGUCGUGCGUUUACCGUGACCGCGUGCGAGCCGCUUUCUCGUGUUUCGGAUAAAAAAAUUAAUUAAAACUCAACACUGUUAACACAAAACCGAAGUGGCGGGCUCGCGAUAUUUUUUUUAAAUAAAUACAAUAAUAGUAGUGUCUUUUCUGACACGACCGACCGACGUUGGCGCGACAUCGUUCGAUUAUUAGGCCUGACGACGACGACGACGACGACUGUAAAAUAAACUUAAUUUAAAAAAAAAAUCCACGUCCCAUCGACGAAUACACGGACGGAUAAGUGACGGCGAACACGAUGGUUUUUUAAAUAUAUUUGGUUUUUUUGUUUUUAAUAGAAAACGACGAGAUUUCCAGAGUCGUGCCGGGAUUUCGCAGUACGAUGAUUUGAAUAAUGCAUCAGUCGUUCUACGUUUUUGAGUAUGCUCUCUGAGGAAACUUUAGGGAACAAUACCUUUUAUAACGACAACAAUAUUAGUUGUUUACCGGAAGUCUUUAACUAUGAAAAAGAGCCACUAACGCUUAUAGUGCCUAUGACAAUUACCUAUGUUCUGAUCCUGGUCUCGGGCAUCGUGGGUAACGUGAGCACGUGUAUAGUGAUAGCGAGGAACAAGUAUAUGCACACGGCCACCAACUACUAUCUGUUCAGUCUAGCCGUAUCCGAUUUAUUGCUUCUACUGUCUGGACUGCCGCAGGAGAUUUACCUAACAUGGUCCAGAUAUCCUUAUGUAUUCGGAGAGAAUUUCUGCAUCAUCAGAGGAGUGGCCGCAGAGACGUCGACAAAUGCAACUGUGUUGACCAUCACUGCGUUCACAAUAGAAAGAUACGUGGCAAUCUGUUACCCAUUUCUAUCGCAUACCGAAUCUAAUCUGUCCAGAGCGUUUAAAUAUAUAUUAAUAAUUUGGAUAGUGUCGUUAACGCUGGCCUUCCCUCAAGCUAUACAAAUGGGAUUGGUGUACGCUAAGGAUAAGAAUGGCAUGAAUAUAUUAGAGUCUUCACAUUGUACUCUAGUCAACAAAUUACCAUUUGCAUUCGAACUAUCGUCGGUGGUUUUCUUCCUUGCGCCUUGGACACUUAUCGUAGUCUUAUACAUUCUUAUUGGCUUGAAGCUGUAUAAAUCCAAGAGAGAUUCCAACAGGACAACUUGUGUUGCCCGAUGUCGUCACACCGAAUGUGUGAGUUCUACCAAUGCCAGGGCUACCGGGCGUGUAGUAAAAAUGUUAGUCGUUGUAGUAGUAGCGUUUUUUGUUUGCUGGGCACCAUUCCAAGCGCAAAGGCUAUUGGCUGUUUACGGUAAUGCACAAGAGGAAGAGUCAAAACAAAUUUUCCAGUUGUUGACAUAUGUGUCUGGAAUUUUUUACUACUUGUCAGCCACCAUCAACCCACUCCUGUAUAAUCUCAUGUCAUACAAAUUCAGAACAGCUUUCAAGGAAACAUGGCGGUCUUGUAAAGGAGCCAGCGGUAUGAGUCCAGAUCACGGAAUGCCAAACUUAGAUUACAAAUGGCAAAGACGGAACAGUCAUAGUAGAAGUUUCAGCAGUAGUCACUUCGACGAGGCAAACUCCAUGAAACGGUUGAUGGCCAUGAACAACAAAACGUGUCCCCCCACGGCUAUUACAGUAACCAAGUCCGAAGGGUCUACCGGCGAAUGCGGUAAAAGCAUCAUCAAACCCAUACGGUUUUCACGCAAAGCCAUCUUCCGAAAACAAAACGCCAUCAAAGAAGACAUGAUACUGGAAAACAGCAUUUUAUCCGACGACAGCGUUCUGACAAACAACAACAGGACACCGACGACCGCGUUGUUGAUGACGCCCAAUUGAUGAUAAUAAUAAUUGUGAUGUAAUAUAAUUAUUAUUGUUAUUAUAUUUUGUCAAUAGUGUUUCUAUUCCUUUUUUGGAAAAAACGUCCACGAGAUAACACGGACAACACGGCAUAAACACUAUUGUAAUAAUAUAUUGAUAUACUUGGAUUCUACACACAGCUGUGGAUAAAUAACUUUGGUUAUGGUUAUAAAUUAUAUUAUAUUGUGUUUAUACACGCUUUUGCAUUACUCAUGGUAAAAAAGUGUACGUUUACAGAACCAUUUAAAUAUUAUCUUUUGCGGCUCAGGUAUUUUUUUAAUUUAUGUAACUGAGCACCACACGCGCUCAGUUACAUAACUUUUCUGUGUGUUUGUCCUGUUUUGGAUCCCUCACAUUAUCUCGUGAACAAUUCAAAUAAUAGGAAUUUGUCACUUUUCCAAAUAUUUAAAUGUAUACAUAUAUAUAUAUAUUUUUUUUAGACAUCUCCCUCGAAUUACAUCGAAUACUCGCUCUCUUUAUUAUAUUUAUUUAUGGAGUGUAUUGUAAAUAACAAAACUUAGAUUAUUUUCGUUGCUUAUUGAAUUUUAUAUUAAAAAAAAAAAUUAUAAUAAAAAAAUAUAAUAUGUAUAUAUAAGAGGCUUUUUUACUGUGGUCACUUGUUAACUGCAGCUACCACUUCUAUUUCCACUUUGGCACCCUAGAAAAAUAUAAAACACAUACCCACAACAAUUAAUCGUCGAGAUAUAUAAUCGCUACAUAAUUUUAUGCCUGAUGUGUCACAAAUUAACUCGAAUAGUUUUACAUUGAUCACAGCCGGCAACAGGAUAAUAGAACUUAGAAGUAAAU